GGGGGUCCCCCGCCAGGUCUUCCCGGUGUUGUGACGCGGGACGUCGACCGCGAUGGCCGUGCUCGGCCCGUCAGAGUGUGUUCAGCUCGGCCUCGGGUGACACGGCGCGUCAACACAGCGCGGUACGGGAGACACUGCAAGUCGCCACAGCAGUCCGGCCAACAACUCGCCACAGUGCAGUGCGCAGCUGGAACGACAGCCCGUCAACGACAGCUGCUUCUCGUGUAAAUAAGAAGGCUAUGGCGGAAUCGGCGCCUUUCCGGUGCUCGUUGUGUGCUGUCACCUGCAACAGUGAGCAGUCCUGGCAGCAGCACUUGGCCGGCAUCCAGCACGCCAAGCACACGGUCCACACAAGUGUCGGCGGCCGGACGGAGGGGGCGGCGGCUGCCAGCGAGUUUUUCUGCGCGGCGUGUCAGCUGCAGUGCUCGGGUCCCGUGCCGUGGAGCCAGCACCUGCAGAGUGGCCGGCACCUGGUGCGUUGCCUGCAGACAGGAGGUCUGGUCAGAACGGGACAGCAGACAGCCCGGCCGGCGCAGCAGACGGCCGGGCCGGCGCAGCAGACAGCACAGCCGGUAAAGCAGGCUGCCCAGCCGGCGCAGCAGACAGCACAGCCGGUAAAGCAGACAGCACAGCCGGCGCAGCACACAGCCGGCCCGGUCCGACCAGCCCAGCAGACAGUAGACCAGGUACUGGAGACAGCCGCCCCGACCCAGCAGACAGCCCUUCCGACACAGCAGACAGGCGGCCCAGCCCCUGGAGCACCCGCUGCCACUUCGCACCUGGCCACGGCCUCGACCCAGACGAAUCUGCCGCCUCCAGUGAUCCCGAUCCUGGCUCAGACGGCGGGCUCGACUCCUCCCUCAGCCCCGGGACUCCCUGCUCAGCCCCCGGGGCUGGGGAGCGGCGCGGCGGCGGUAGCGGCCUCCCCCUUCCACUGCGGCCCCUGCGGGGUGCAGUGCUCGGGGGCCGUCUCGUGGCAGCAGCACAUUGACAGCAGCCGACACCGUAAGAAGGCAGCCGGCGGCCGGCUGGACUGAGGGUCACACAGACGCAGAGCUGGCGGUCCCGAAUUGUGCUAGUCGGGAUCACAGCGCCGACUAACGGGACUAUCGCAGGGUUUGCAUCGAUGAGACUUUCCCCACGAGCUUUCUACGCGAUGACUGCCUUUUUUUCUAGCAAUUGUAACGCUUACUCAGUCUGUCGUAAGUGGUGAGAUAGGCGGUUGCGGCGCGUUGCAAUAUGCACUGCGAUGCAACUUAUAACGACAUGUUGUGUUAGGUAUAUGUUAACGCUAUAGUUUUUAGAUCGAUAGUUUUUCGACGCAUCGGCAUACUGGAAGAGAAGCGUGGAGCUGUCAGCUGGCAAUGGUAGGUAGGUACUCAUAUACGAGUAUGCUCCAUAUCUUUGUUAAAUGGUUGAUUACCCUCGCCUUAGUCAAAGCAGUAGCCAGCUUGUUUAUCAAAUAAUGUAUAAUUAAAAUGUUAUUGAUUUGAAUCGGGAAGGUAUCCAGUAGUAACUGAUAUGUGACUUAAC